AUGUCUUCAUCUCCCCCCGAAACCCCUUCUAAGCCACGCCCAGCCAACAAAGCUAGAGCUCUGAUGGCAGCUGGCCCAUCCAAAGGUGUUCAUCAGGCAGCAAUGAAGCCACCCGAGUUGGAAGUUCGAGAGGCUGCCGGAGCGAUUGCUCAAGUUCUUUCGUCCACCCCUCCAAAGCCAGAACCCACCUCAACUGCUUCGAAGGACAAUAAUCCUGUGGGGAUGAACGGCCGAGCGGAGCGCGAGUGUGGUAACCAUGAGCACGAACAUGAGCAUGAGGAGUCUAGUCACACAGACGAGACGGAAUUGAUCGAAGAGAAUAUCAAUGGGGAGCUGGAAAAGCUAGACUGGUUUGAAUUUGAAAAGCGGUACGCCACGGAGAUAAGACAGCUGGACGACGAUGAAGAGGCGACAAUGGAGAAGGUUGACAAGCUUGCUGAUGCAUUCUACCUUUGGGGUCGAGCAGGGUCUUAUCGUGACAACGAAAGAAUAUCCAAGAGACUGAAAACCCGCAUAAGAUUUACCGAGAUUGCUGAGUCUUCCUUAGAGGAGAAAAAAAAUCACUAUGUGCAAGUUGUCGAUGCCUUCCAAAAUGCCAUGAAAUUGCUUCGCGGCCAGAGGUGA